AAAUGGGACAGAGAGGGAGGCGGCGGCAGCGGCGGAGACACGCCAGCAGCGACCGUGUGUUUCCACUUUAGUUUCCCCGCAAACAGCGUGCUGUACGCGGGACCGUGGGACUUAAAAACAUCGGAGCUCCGUGCAAGGCGACACUUUGUUUCUCUUCGAGCUGAGAGGAUGAAGGGGAGGAAUCGUGGCAGUUUGUGGAGUUUGUAGCAGCAGCAGAAACAGCAGCACUGGCAGCCUCUUCAGCUCCUGUUUGACACCUCGGUCUGCAGCGGAGCUCAACAUGAGUUAGAAGGCAUCGCAGAGCAUCGCCGCAGCUGCCUUCCCCGCCAUCUGGAGCACCGUGUCUGGAGACGGCAGCAUCACUUGCCCUGCUUCAUGAGCCAGCAGGAUGCGGCUGAGGUCCUCGCACUCUCCGAGCGCCUCCUCAUAGCUUCACACAAGGGACAAGCCGACAAUGUGGUCCAGCUUAUCAACAAAGGCGCGAAAGUAGCAGUGACCAAGUAUGGCAGAAGCCCCCUACACUUGGCUGCCUACAAAGGCCACAUUGAGGUCGUGCGUAUCCUCCUCAAAGCCGGCUGUGACCUGGAUAUCCAAGACGAUGGGGAGCAGACGGCUUUACACCGAGCUGCCGUGGUGGGAAACGGUGACAUUAUCAGCGCCCUCAUCCAGGAAGGAUGUGCACUGGACAGGCAGGACAAGGAUGGAAACACCGCUCUCCAUGAGGUGUCGUGGCAUGGCUUCAGUCAGUCUGUCAAACUGCUGGUGAAGGCUGGAGCCAACGUUCAUGCCAAAAACAAGGCAGGAAACACGGCUCUCCACCUUGCGUGUCAGAACGGUCACGCUCAGAGCUCCAAGGUUCUGCUCCUGGGAGGCUCCAGGCCGGACAGCAAGAACCAUGGUGGGGACACGUGUCUGCAUGUGGCCGCCCGCUACAAUCACAUCCCUAUGAUCCGCAUCCUGCUGGGAGCCUUUUGCUCAGUUUCUGAGAAGAACCUGGUUGGCGACACUCCGCUACAUGUGGCCGCUGCCCUGAAUCAUAAGAAGACAGUACGUCUGCUGCUGGAGGCUGGAGCAGACAGUCGUAUCUGCAACAACGCAGGUCAAACAGCUUUGGACCAGGCCAGAGAACACAAUAACCCAGAAGUUGCUCUCCUCCUGACCAAAGCGCCGCAGGUGCAGAGUUUUGUGCGAGGCAGGAGUGUGAGGAAGAGGAGAGACAAGCUGAAGGCAGAAGGCAGAGCUCAGUCGGUGCCCAGAGAUGAGAUGUUACCCUGUAAGGACAGUGCAUCUGCUGCAGACGACACCCAGAGCAGCGACCGAGCUGCCUGCAAACACACCGAGGUGACCGAGUCAAACACCAGGAGGGGAAAGAACAGGAAGCAGAGAGAGAAGCCGUCCUUGUCCGACCCUCUCCGCCGCAGAGAGACCAGACACAGUGAAGGCCUUCACAAGAGGAGAGUUAAACUGCGAGGAGUCUCCCCUAAUCCAGCCGUCCCUCCACACAACUACAAAGCCUAUCAGCUCUACACUCUGUACAGAGGCAAGGAUGGCAAGAUCAUGCAGGCUCCUCUGAACGGCUGCCGCUGUGAACCUCUCAUCAACAAACUGGAAAACCAGCUGGAGGCCACCAAGGAGGAGAUGAAGACUGAGAUCAACACCGUCCAAGACCUGAUGAACAGCAAGAUGGGUCAGAUGGAUCGCAAGAACAAACACCAGAUUCGGGCUCUUGAUAAGAUGACGGUGGAGAGGGUGUCAGCGGAGAAGAGCGAGUGUCUGCAGAGGAUCGAGCAGCGAGCUCUGCAGGAACGACUGGAGGCAGAGAAGAGACAGCAGGCGUCCCUGGCCAGUGAGCUGAAGAGCUGGUGUCUGUCCAAACUGCAGAACAUGGAGUUUCGUUUCACCGGAGACCCCGGCAGCACUAAGCUAAGGCGCUCCUCCUCUGUAUCCGAGGGUCUGAAUGAAGCCGACGGAGCCGGUCUCACCGUGCUGCCUGCUGGAGAGGGAGGAAGCUCCCAGUGCCUGGAGCUCCACAGCAGCCCUACACUCCUGGAGUCCUGCAGAGGGGAGUCCAGCCUGGCAGAGGGCGCAUCGUCCAACCACUACUUUGUGGUUCAUGUUGAGAGUUCUCCAGAUGGCGAUAAGGCUCAUAAUGCAGAGGUCACCUCUCCUGCAGCAGCCAAGAGCCCGCUGUCAUCUAUCCAGGUGGUUCGGCCAAAGGAGCGCUCGGCAAUCUGCACUGACACCCAGAGGAAGAACCUGGAACUGCAGGAUGUGGACGUGGCCGAGUACGGGGCGAGAGGAGGCAGGGACCACAGAGCCAGCAGCUUGUCUCCUGCCACAGAACGCCGCUUCAGCAGCAAGACUGAUGCAGCGUUCAGGGACAGGGAGCGAGGCCGCGACAGAGGGAAGCACCACAGGAAACACUCCCACGGCAGGACUAAGUCCAGAGGGGCCACAGGGGUCAGGACUCUGGAGGUGUUCGGAGAACCGCCCAGUGCGCCCUCCUUUGCUCAGGAGAGGGACAACAUGCACGCCAUGGAGGUGACCCAGUACUUCUUCGAGGCCGUGUCGACGCAGAUGGAGCGCUGGUACGAGAGGAAGGUGCAGGAGGCUCGCUGGCAGGCCGACCAGAGGGCUCAGGCCGACAGAGCCGCUCUGAUCGAGAGGAUCGCCUACCUGGAGGACGAGCUGCGAAUGCUGAGGACUAACAGGCACGAUGACUGCUAACACACACCUCAUCUAUUCUGUAUAAAAAGCUGCCAAAACUCACAGGGGGGUUAGAUCUCAACAGCCAUGGCAAACAAUCACUCUCCUCUCCUGCAGCAGUCAAUGUGGAUGGGUGAAUUAUUUAACAGAAGACACUUUCUUUCAUCUCAACAUGCCGAAAAAUGUCCGCCUUUUUACACCCCUGCUGUUGGUUGUCAUUGUAGCACUGGCCUGGUAUGUUGUGUAAAUACAGUUCUUUAGUAACAAGGGCAGCUGUCAUACACUGUGUUGUAAAUAAACCUGGAAAUGUAAAGCUAAUGUCAAAAAAAGAAAAAAAAAUGGAACAUGCCAUUUAAAGGAUAGAUUCACUCCAUCACACCAGACAAGUGCACACACGCAUUAUGAAUUUAACCCCACCAGACUCUGAAUUGGAACACCAUGACUGAAGUGCACCGUUGAUCAUAGUGAAAGCUGUCAGCAAAAUAAGCUUUGUGUUGGUUUGUGCAUGCCGGAAUCAACCCUGUGAAUUUGGAGGAACAACCUACUAUAUACUCAUGAGAAUGUAGCUUAACUGACACUGUAUAUUCAACCCUACUGAAGGCUUUUUUUUACUGCAUCAAUAACUGAUUUUGCUGCAUGCUGGAGUAUGCCCACAAGAAUUAGACUUGUACAGUAGCUUGGAGACUAACGUAGCAUUUAAGAUGCAUCUUUUUGUUUGUUACAGGUUUAGUGAAAAAACAUAAUUUUUUAUUUUUUGUUUUGCAAAAAAGGGCUGACUUUAGUUUAUAAUUUAACAGUGUAGAUGUAUGUAAUAAUUCUAGUGGUACACUCCAGAAUAACUCCACAGAUGAGAGAUUACAUUAGGAACUCCCCUAACAGAUUCAAGUCAAAUAAUGACAUACCUGCUCUCACUGCCAUCCAUGCCAGCUUUCUGUGUAAAGUGUUUACAGCCCACUGAAAUAAACAAUAAGAGGUAAACAGCA